GAAGAAAAAAACAGACAGAUGAUGGACGCCAGGACAGAGAAGGAAGGCACUCCUGCCAAAAAACCAAAACCCUCGUGUAAAUACCGUGAUCAAUGGGACAACAAAUUUAUUUCUCUGAAGAAGAGCAGGGUGGGGGACAGUCACGCGUUUUGUAAAAUUUGUAACUGCGACUUUAGCAUCGCACACGGGGGAAGGAAUGAUGUUGCCAGCAUGACAAAUCCGCCAAGCAGAAGCGCGGGCUAAUGGCACAAAAACAUGCCCAGGCGAUGUCAGCAUUCGUGACGAGAAAUGCCACUGAGGCAGACCAGGUCACAAGUGCAGAGGUAAAAAUGGCAAUGCUGUGUGCCAAAAACAACAUUCCUUUCUCCUUCCAUGAUGACUUCAACAAGUGUGUAGCUGACAUGUUCCCGGACUCUGCUAUUGCACGAAAAUACUCAACGGGAAAAACGAAGGCUACUCAACUCAUCAAAGGUGCCAUAGCAGCAGAACUACAGGAUGAGUUGGCCAAAACAUGCCGAUCUCAGCCCUUUUCACUGAUGUGUGACGAAUCCAACAACAGAACAACAGACAAAGAAUUCGUCAUCCUGACUAGACUCUACGAUGAGGCCACUCUGCAGGUCGCUACAAGAUUCCUGGAGAUGCCUACAUGCAAUGUAGGAAAUGCAGAAAAUCUGUAUGGAAAGCUGAGUGAGGCAUUAAGAAAAAGAGGCGUCUCAUGGGAUAACCUGAUUGCCUUUAACUCUGAUAAUGUGAGUGUUAUGAAAGGCCGACAUAACUCGGUCAUCAGCAGACUGAAGACCAGCCAGCCCCACAUCCAGGACCUUGGCUGCAUCUGCCACCUGGUACAGCUGGCCACUGGCUGUGGCAUCAGAGCAGCCCAGGUACCGGUGGAAGACAUCCUAGUGGGGAUAUACACCCACUUUGAUAAAAGGUAA